CCCUGUUCGUCCUUACUCCCAUCGGCAUCGCAACCUCGGCGUCUAUAUAUUCCACCCUUACUACCGGUUACCUCUGUCCCGCCUGUGACGCUCGAGUUUUGGAGCAUACGAAUCGGUUACCGUGCAACUCCUCGGCCCUGUUGAUACUGGUUACGAAUGCCGAACUAGGCGCACACAGUUAAACGUGGUCCCGGUUCGAGAAAACCCACACUGCACAGCGUCGCAGGAGCCGCAAUGACUCCGAGCGAGUACCGCUACCUCACGGAGGACAUGUUGAGGAACUGGGACAAAGGGGGAAGUUCACAAUUCUACCUCACGGCGCGAGCAUUAUUCAAUGGGGACCGACCUUUCGACGAUGUGCUGGAGGAGCUGCGACUAAUGACUGCGGAGGUGAUACGAGCUGGCAUGCACGAGCAGUUAACGUCAGGGGCAGUGGCUAUGUUUUUUGCUAGCCUCUAUCGAGAAACGACAAAGCGAAGUGGGGCUGUAGACGAAUCGAUGGCUGCUGGACACGUCGCGCCGGAUUCCUUAGAAGAUCCCCUUCUGGUGCCGUCGAUUGUCGCAGACGGGUUAUGGACCUACGCAGCGGAUCUGGAAUUCAGGCUGGAUAGCACAUUCUUGCGACAGUUUACUCCCCCUGUCCCUGUCCCUGCAGUUUUGGAGUUCCCGGCACGAAAGCCGGUGGAACCGCUGGAACCGACGGCAGAAGGUCGGAGAUUGGAGAUCAUCAUAAAGGAGAUAUUGGGCAAAAAUUUCAUCCCAAAUGUGAUCUCUAGGGAACGGCUCGAAUAUAGGACGCAGCAGAAGGCUGGUCUGAUAGCGGCAGCUGAGCCGCUCCAGAAGAAAGAAGUACGGUCGAGAACAGCGAUGCUCUAUCUGCAGGAGAAGUACAACCUACUGCGCGAGGAAUCAGAAGGCUACUCCCGCCUUUUGGUCCUUCUGGCCGAUUCCCUGCCGGAUGUCUUCGAUCCUUAUCCGCCCGCGGACGGUGUACCGGCCAUGUCUGUGGAGGAGGCGGUUCAGCGAAGGACAGAGGCUGUGGAGGAAAAAGUAUGGGCUAUGAAUGAGCGUAUGACGCAAAUGACGGGGAGGUUCGACUUGGAUCCGAACCGAAUCCUCGACGUGGCGCUGGACGCUUUUGCAGUAAACAUCUCCGAUCACUGGGAUUAUUUCGUUCGACUGAUCGAGGUCAGCAAAUGGGGCCCAACCAUUACCAUGGAGAACGGGAAACCGGUCCAAAAACCGAAUCGCAUCUGUGGACAGAUCUUGGGGUUCAAGUUUGACUGGUACAAUGGCUCGUCGAGUACCAGAGACGUGCCCGAGUCCUUGAUCUUUGUCGCGGCCGUUCUGAUCAAGCACGGCUUGGUCAAUUUGGAGGAUUUGUUUCCUCAUUUGAGUCCCACCGAUGAACGCUUAACGGCUCUAUAUGAGCAGCACUGCCGCCACGUUCUUCAAAAGCGAGGAACCGCAGGACGGUUCAAAGGGCCUGAACUCGCGGGGACGUUAGGAGAUGACGGCCGGGUUUCGACCGCAAAAGCAACCGGCUUGCCCUCGUUAGCCAAGGACACGAGGCCACAGCCUUUGACUAAGGUCAACCAGAAAGCGGAGCUGGCUACGGCUCUCGUGGCGAUCGGGGAUACUGCGAAUGGACUCAAGAUAUUGAACAAGCUCCCUGAUUUGGUUCAUUUGCACCCGGAUCUGGCAGAUGCGAUCUGCCGGCAUUUGAGCAUAAUGCUCCAAGACUGGGAUACAUCCCCAAUCGCCCAUGCGCGGCAAGUACCUAAGCCCUCUCCCGAGGACUUCCGACCGGGUACGAAUACUAUCAUUUUGCGGCUAGCCCCACCAUUUCUAAGAGUGACGAACGGUCGCAAACCACACGCACCGCGCUAUCGCUUCUUCUAUCGAAACUGGCACGCUAGUGUGACAAGAUGCAAUAACGUCGGAGAGGUUAUCAAGCAUCUCCGAUCCUAUUUCAUGCGCGUUGGUGUGCAUCUCCACAGAGACCCGCUACUACUUGCAACCAUUCUCCGAAUUGGCGCGAGGCACAUCACGGAGUCUCAAAAGCGGCUUGGAAGACCGCACGCGAAAACGGAGCCUAUGGAUAUCGUCGAGCCUCUCCAACGACAAACGUCGGAAAGGAAAGAAGGGACGCCCGGUCAUGGUGCAGAACGUCAUACCAGUUCGGGAAUACCGGCUCCUUCACACGUCGAUGAUCCCUUUGAAGGAGUCGACCUCCAGGGGGUGCUCAAGGGCUGGAUCAACCUCAUCAUCAACCAUAUCCUUCCCGCGAUUUCUCGAUCGGAACCGAACCCUGCGAACUCUCUCGGUCUGUGGAACAUCAUUAAGCACUUCCCCUAUCAACAGCGUUUUGCCAUGUAUGGCGAAUGGGGCAACAUCGUGUAUAACACUACGCCUGAAAUGCAACUGGUGAAAGCAGGUUGUGAACGAGACUGCAAAUACAUCCUGUCGCGAUUGAAUAAAGAGUCUGCUAAGCAGUCUGGUCGACAGAUCGGCAAAGUCUUGCAUUCCAACCCGGUUGUUGCCUUUUCGUACAUCAUCACGCGGCUGGAGGCGUAUGAUAAUAUGAUUCCUUUCGUGGUAGACGCCACUCGCUACUUGACGGAGCUCGAAUUUGAUAUCAUGCCCUAUUGUCUCAUCGAGGCUCUGGCAGAUCCCAAAUCGAAAGUGCAACGGAAUGGUCUGAAUGUAUCGGAUUGGUUGAAGUCGCUAGGAACGUUCACCGGACAGUCGUACAGAAAACAUCAGCUGGACUUGGAGCCAAUGCUCCGCUAUCUAAUCAACCAGCUGUGCGACGAAAAGCUGCACGAUCUGCAUAUCUUGCAGGAGCUCAUCAGCUCGAUGUCCGGGGUGAAAACAAUGGAGGAUGUGACAGAGGCGCAACUGGAAGCUAUCGCGGGGACGGAUACGCUCAAACGGGAAGCCCUUAUUUGGGAGCCCAUGAGACUGACGAGGAAGUCCGGUCUUCGCCUUAUGAAAGCGAUGGUGGAUGGGGAUUACGUCAGGAAAAUUGCAGUACGAAUCAGCCAGCUAAAGCAGCAGAUGCCCUAUUCUGGAAUGGGUGACGAGGAUGACAGCAUGGACUUGAAGAUUCUGGCAUCUAUGACUGACUACUGCCAACGAACGCUGCUGCAGAUGCUGGAAUUCCUAUCAGUGACUUGUCCCCCGGAUAUGUUCGUUCAGGCCAUGCCUGACGUCGGCGUGUUGGUGAACGAUUAUGGUUUGGAACCCGAGCAAGCUUUCCUUUUGGCUCGACAGAAGCUGGCACAAUAUGUGAAGUAUCCCGAGGCGGGAGAAACGCGGCCCGAACCUCCACGAGACCCCAACGCGAUGCAAGUGGACGAGCCGCGGCAAACCGAAAAGGAUAAUGAGCAAGUGGACCCUGCCUCCAAGAUCAUGAAAGGCAACGAGCCGAAUGUUGAAGAUGUCUUACGUCGCACCGCCGCGAACGUCGACUUUGGCAAUCCAGUCUGGCAACUGGGACUGCAUGACACCAUCCGAUCAGUCGUCCCCAUGCUCCCCGCGUCUGUUUGGCGUCCCAUGAGUCCCGCCUUUUACGUCACAUUCUGGCAGUUGAGUCUGUUUGACAUCUUCGUUCCUGACGCACGCUACGACGCCGAGAUCGCGAAACAGCGUGACAGAGCGAAAGCAUUGGAGUUAAAGGUCAAACAGCUCAGCUCGAGCCAGGAAGAUGAGGCAAAGAAGCUGAAGAAGGACAUCGACCGUUGUCAUACUACGAAGAAUGCGCUGGAGGCCGAUCAACUCGCGCAUCAGAAACAUCAUAAGAAGGUUAUCACACGGCUGGAAGCUGAGAGCGUCUUCUGGUUUGAAAACAGCGUCAAUCGGAAUGACACCACGCAGGCGGUCAUUCAAUACUGCAUCCAGCCGCGGUGCACACAAUCUGCCGCAGACGCAGUUUUCUGUGCGAAGUUUGUGUUGCUGAUGCAUAAGCUUGGCACUCCCUCUAUCCCUACCGUCACUCUAUAUGACAAGGUGUUUGCCAAAGACGUUCUCCAUGCGGACAUGUUUUCUGGCACGGAAGACGAGGCCAAGAACUACGGUCUCUUCUUGGCCGUUGUCUUCGCGUCGCUUUCGUCGUGGCAUAACGACAAGGCGUUGUUCCAAAAGGAGGCUAUUGGAGAGAAGCUACCAGGUUUCCUGAAACGAUGGCCUCCCGGGGCACCGAAUGGCAAACUGGAUCUCCGGAACGGUGACUGGAUCGAUUAUGAUGAGUUUCGACAAGUCCUUCGAAAAUGGCAUCUGAAACUUAGUAAAGCCAUCACUGCAUGUGUUGCCAGCACCGAUUACAUGCAGAUCAGGAACGCCAUUUUCAUUCUGGAUAAAGUCAACAACUACUUCCCAGCGACAAAAGAAGUAGGCAACGUCAUCGACUUCAACAUCAAGAAACUUCUCGAAAUCGACCCGCGCGAGGAUGUUAAACAGCUGGCUCGCAGUGUUGGGGCCAAGAUGGGAGCAAAAGCGAGCACCUGGGUCAACCAUCAAGACUUCUGUAAAGGCGCUGAUCGCAAGCUAAACCCUGCUGCAGCUCCAUUUGUACCCUCCGCGCUUUCUAUGAAGCCUACCCCGGUUGCGUUGGUUAGGGAACGCCCCGCGCCGUCUACUCCGCGAGAAGCUCCUCGUGCCCCUUUACGAGAGGUCCUGGAGAAGCCGCAGACCCCUCAGGUGCCCAUCAAACGUGAGGAACCGGUCAAACGUGAGGUGCCGAUCAAACGCGACGAGGAUCGUGAACCCCAGGAGUCCAAGCCGAAGGUCAAUCCCCCGUCGGAAGUAAAAGCGCCGGCACCCCCGGUCGUGGCCAAGGUUGCCGAACCCAAGGAGCGACCGCCCCCUGAAAUCAAGGUGGUGACCAAAAGCCCGCCGCGCGAUGACAAGACGGAAGUGGGAGAAAUCAGGCGCGUGGAACUCGACCGCGACGACAGCGCGCAUGAUUCUCGUGAGCCGCGUCGAUCGCGAGAUAAUGGCGUCAAAGUGAAGGAAUACCCCAUCUUGCACCCGUCGCUACCCGCACGUCCGCCUCCGCGCGCUUCGGGAAUCAAUCAGCCUCGACGUGAUGGAAGCAGCCCGUUACCCUCGUCCACGAAGGCUGCGUCCUCCUCUGUUCCUUCGUCCGGAACACCAAAAGUGAGCGAGAAGACCGAUCGCCCGAGUUCCAGCGUUCUGGAUCGCCUGGGUAGCAAACGCGACGAGGCUUCGGGGCCUAGCAGGGACGAGAAGGAGAAAGACCACGAGGCCGCUAGGGAUGCCCGUAGCAAAUCGAAGGGCCGCGACGGAACUGGGGAGCCGGAGAGCUUGUUGUCGGUGGUUAUGAAGGAUCGCGACCCCCGGAAAGACGAGAAGCGGGGUAGCAAUGGUCGGGAGAGAGACAAGGACCGGAGCAAAGAUCGGGAUCGGGAUCGUAAGGAUAAGGAUCGCGAUCGCGACCGAAAGAGGAAGGAAAGGGAGGAUUCUACGGUGGAUGACAAGAGAGAACGAAAGCGUGACCGCGGAGAUAAGGAGGAUCGGGAAGCGAAGCGGUCGCGCCGCGAGGAUACGACCGAAGAUCCACCGGCAGCGGGCGGCGGCAGUUCAUCGGCUCAAAGCAGCAGUCGGAAAAGGCAUGCAGAAGAUGACCCACCUCCUCCUCCCGGUGGAAUUGAUUCCUACAGGCCUGGAUCCGGCCCUAACAAGCGUCUCCGAGAAAGCCCGCGCGAACGUCCCCACCACCGCGACAGGGACGAUCGUCGCCGUCGUAGCUCCGGCCGUUAAAUCCGCCGAAAAAUCACCAAAGUAUCCCCAACUCCACCAAAGUUUUUCUCCCCCUAGUCAUAAGUUAUACUUUCUCGUCGGGAUGGGGAAACCAAACUGAAGCCCUGAUGUUGGUCGGAGAACGGGGUCCGUGUAUUCACACACGAGUCAUUCUAGCGCACUUUUCUGCAUUUGCCACGUUUUUCUGUACACGGGCGAGCAAACAAUUUUGUUGUAUGUAUAACAUUUUCUGUGAUCCCAUAUCUACAUCUUUACAUGUCGUGUGGGAUCGCUGCUUCGAAGUCCAUGCGCAUUUGAUAAUGAACAGAGGAUUCCAGUCCCUCGCUAAAUACAAUAGCAC